UUUUCUCUGCUGCUCCGCCGGGUGAGAAGCAAAUCUCGGGGGCCGCGGAGAGAAUUCGUUGUGGGUUUUGUUUUGUUUUUUUUUUUCGCCAUCUUCGCUAUUAUUAUUUUAUUUUUUUAAUCUUCCUCCUUUUCCCAUUUUGGAUCUUAACCCUUUGAUCUGUUUCCUUUAAAAGACUCCGAUUCCCAACUCCCCAUCAGGGGGAGAGGGAGGAGAAAUACAGGGGAGGAAAAAAAAAAACCCACCAAACCCCGAGCGAGUCGGUGCUCUCAGCUGUUGGCCAGGUUGGUGGGGGACAAAAGUCCCCUUUAAAAUAUUGAAUGUCAGUCGCAAACCUAAGAAAAGAAAAAUCCGAUCCGGAGCGCUAAAUUUAGGAGCUUUAUAUGGAACUUGGACUCCGCUGCUGGAUUUUGUAUGGAUUUUUUUCAACCUUUGGGAGGACAGACCCCGGCGUCCGCCCCUAGACCGCACUGAGCGACCGAAGAGGGGGGUGGGGGUGGUGGUGGUGUGUGGAAAAACGUCGCCAGAGGCUGCCGGCAGAGAUGGCCGAGAAUUGGAAGAACUGCUUCGAAGAGGAGCUCAUCUGCCCCAUUUGCCUGCACGUCUUCGUGGAGCCGGUCCAGCUGCCCUGCAAGCACAACUUCUGCCGGGGCUGCAUCGGGGAGGCCUGGGCCAAGGAGACGGGCUUGGUGCGGUGCCCGGAGUGCAACCAGGCCUACAACCAGAAGCCCAACCUGGAGAAGAACCUGAAGCUCACCAACAUCGUGGAGAAGUUCAACUCCCUCAACCUGGAGAAGCCCCCUUCCGUCUUGCACUGCGUCUUUUGCCGCCGGGGCCCGCCGCUGCCGGCCCAGAAGAUCUGCUUGAGGUGCGAAGCCCCCUGUUGCCAGUCCCACGUCCAGACCCACCUGCAGCAACCCUCCACCGCCCGGGGCCAUCUCCUGGUGGAGGCGGACGACGUGCGGGCCUGGAGCUGCCCCCAGCACAACGCCUACCGCCUGUACCACUGCGAGGCCGAGCAGGUGGCCGUCUGCCAGUUCUGCUGCUACUACAGCGGGGCCCACCAGGGACACUCGGUCUGCGAUGUGGAGAUCCGACGCAAUGAGAUCAGGAAGAUGCUGAUGAAGCAGCAGGACCGCCUGGAGGAGCGGGAGCAAGACAUCGAAGAGCAGCUCUAUAAGCUGGAAUCGGACAAGCGGCUGGUUGAGGAGAAGGUGAGCCAGCUGAAGGACGAGGUGCGCCUGCAGUAUGAGAAGAUGCACCAGAUCUUGGAUGAGGACUUGCGAAAGACCAUGGAGAUCCUGGACAAGGCCCAGGCCAAGUUCUGCAACGAGAACGCGGCUCAGGUCCUCCACCUCAAUGAGCGCAUGCAGGAGGCCAAGAAGCUCCUCAGCUCUGUCCAGGUCAUGUUCGACAAAACUGAGGACAUCAACUUCAUGAAGAACACCAAGUCUGUGAAAAUCUUAAUGGACAGGACCCAGAACUGUACAGGUGGCAGCCUGCCCCCACCCAAAAUCGGCCACCUCAACUCCAAGCUCUUCCUGAAUGAGAUCGCCAAGAAGGAGAAGCAGCUCAGGAAGUUGCUGGAAGGUCCUCUGAGCACCCCCGUCCCCUUCCUGCAGAGCAUCCCCAUGUACCCCUGCACCGUCAGCAACUCCGGCGCGGAGAAGCGCAAGCACUCCACCGCCUUCCCCGAGGGCAGCUUCCUCGAGCCAUCGUCCGGGACUGUGGCGAGCCAGUACAUGAGCCAGGGCGCUUCGGCUGGCGAGGGGCAGUCCGCACAAGCCAUGGUGCCUUGUAGCUCCACGCAGCACAUAGUUGGACUUCCCAGCGGCCCACAGCCGGUGCACUCGGGCUCCGUCUUCAACCCAUCUCACUACCCCAACACCACGUCAUCUCAGCAGUCCGUGCUCUCCCAGUACGGCGGGCGCAAAAUCCUCGUCUGCUCCGUGGAUAACUGUUACUGUUCCUCCGUGUCCAACCACAGCGGGCACCAGCCCUACCCGCGGUCGGGGCACUUCCCCUGGACGGUCUCCUCGCAGGAGUACUCCCACCCGCUGCCACCCGCCCCCGCCGUCCCCCAGUCGCUCCCGGGACUUGCCGUGAGGGAAUGGAUUGACGCAUCCCAGCAGCACGGGCGGCAGGAUUUCUAUAGGGUCUACGGCCAGCCGUCGGCGAAACACUACGUCACCAGUUAACCGUCACACUCUCUGGAGAGUCCCGUGCGAUGACGCGUUUGGAGAGAAAAGUCUGGUUUGGUUUGGCUUUUCUUUUUUUUUUUUUUUUUCCCCUUUUAAAUCAAACCCAAUUUUUCCCCCCCUCACACCCCUCCAGGAUUUUGGGGAGGGUUGUUCUCUCAUCUCUCUCUCUUUUUUUUUUUUAUCCUUUUAAAACAAAAUAAUAAUUUUUUUUUUUUUUCCUAUUAAUUCCUUUUUUUAAUUUAAUUUUGGAAAGUCCUUCCUGCCCCUCGCUGGGAAAAGACGAGGGAGAAAUUAACUGAGAAGAAAUUGAUGGGGAUUUCAGUCGGGCGUCUGGGUCUGUGCGUCGCGCUCUUCCUCGCUCCUCUCUGCCUUUGGAAAACUACAGAAGGGACAAUGGCACCUUCUCUCUUUCCAUUUCUCCAAGUUAUUUUUUCUGGUUUGGUUCAGUUUUUCCCCUUUCUCCACCCCUCUCUUUCCCUUUUUAAAAAGAAAAAAAGAAAAAAAUCUAUCAUUGAUUCAGUAUGAAACGAUACUUGUAGAUUUUGGGUUUGUUACUUUUUUUUUUUUUUUAAAGGCUGAUUUUUUUUUGUGUUACGAGGCCACUUCUCAUGCAUAUUGGCAUUUUUUUUUCCUUCUUUCAGAGAUUUGUAAAUACACAAUGGCAGGAAAUUUAAUGCACAAAAAAAAAAAGGGAAAAGAAACUUUAAAAAAAAAAACACGAAUAAAUAGAUAAAAAAAAAAAAAAUCUGUUCUAGUUUUCAGGAGGGGAAGCGUGGCCGAAAUGCACCCCCCGCCUGCGUAUCGCUGAUGCAACUUCCUGUAACAAGCACUUUGUAUAAAAAAAAAAGUGGACUUCCUGCUAUAAGGCACAGGUAUUUAUUCUGUAACCGAUUUUAGAACACACACACACACACAAAAAAAAAUAUUCAAAUAAAUGUGAUCACUUAGUGCAAACGCCUCGCUCUGCUGCAGCUCUUCCCCCGGGAACGCCAGCUCCGGCGGGAGGCUCCCACCAGCUUUGGGAAGUCACUGCUCCCCGGGUGCCCGGCCGGCGGAGGGGAUUUUCCUGGCGGGGCUGUUUUGGAGGGAGCAGCUCGGGGAUGGGGUGACGGCAGGUCCCGGCCAGGGAGGGGGUCCCCAGCAGCCCCCAUCCCGCAUCCCAGCCCCACGGGGAGGGAUGCUGGAGCCGUGGCUCUCCGCCGGCUCCCUCCCAGCCGGCGAGGAUGUGAGUCAGGCAUGGAGCCGGCCGGGCCGCAUCCUGCCUCCAGAACAAUCCCCAUUGUGGGAUGGGGACGGGGAUGGGGUCGGGGUCGGCGACUUUCCUGCCUCUGCUGGCGUCCCCUGUGCCGGCCACGCUGCAGCCCCGGCACCCGGCCCCGCGAGGCUGCCUCCCCACCUAAAGCCCCGCGGCCCCGUGGAGCUCCGUGGGUGCCAUCAGCACCCUGGGCUGGUCGAGGACCCUCUGAGCUCGGCCGAGGCCAGGAAGGGCGCGGAGGAGACCUUCGGCCAGGGCAAGCGGCGGGGCCGUAGGCUGACCUGGCUGCAGGUGUGCAGGGGCGAGCUCUUCACUGGGGGAAAAACAGGGACGACUUCAUAAAGCAGAGCGGCCUCUCGGAGGCAUUCGGGUUUUUCCAUCGCUCUCUUUGGGCUUGGCUUCCUUAAUUUUUUUCCUGGUUGCAAAACAUCCCUAGUUUCGUUUCGGCUUGCAUUUCCCUCCCCACCCCCCCAGCCAGUGCUGCUUCGGUGGGAAACGGGAAGGG